UGGUUUAGCAGUCAACCCUGCAAAACGUCAUCUUGUCUCUGUACCAGGAAGCAGGCAAUGAGCCAGGGGAAAGGCAGAGAAUAGACAUGAAUGUGCUCCAAAGCUUCUCCCGUGAUCUGUGGCUUUUUCUAGACUCUUGUUCAAGGGGAAUUACCGGCAGAGAACAUCCAAGGAGAAGACAUCUGAAGAGAUUGGGUCAUGAGCAAGGAUUAUUAGAUGGGACGAUCAAUAAAAUUCCACAGGCAUAAUAUACCUGGAUUUCAACAUGGCAUUUGAUGAAGUCUUUCAUGAUAUAUUUGUGGACAAAAUGGAGAGAUGUGGGCUGAGUUAUCGUAUAAUCUGGUGGAUUUGGAACUGGUUCAGUGACUGGACUCAAAGAAUGAAAGCAAUCAAGAAACCUUUACUGAGUGACUACUGUAUGCAAGACAUUGAUGGGCCCUGGAGGAUGCACACACAGAAAGCUGAGAGAGAAAGAAUGGACAUGGCUCUUGGUCAUGCAAUGGAUGACAGCAAGCUUCCUCUGGUUAUCCCAACAGUACUGGUGCCACUUCCGAACAACAGCCACCCUAAGACAUCCAUGCCUCUGAUAGAGCAUGAUAUGACAGAAUUAUAUAAGGGACACAAACUGGAAAGAAACAACACCAGCUUAACAUAUGAACCGAUGCCCGGAGAAAUCGCUGCAGUCAGCGUGAUUUUUGGGAUUCUGUGGUUGUUUUCUGUCUUUGGAAAUGCCUUGGUUUGCCUGGUCAUCCACAGGAGCAGGAGGACUCAGUCCACCACCAACUACUUUGUGGUUUCAUUGGCAUGUGCUGACCUCCUCAUCAGUGUGGCCAGUGCUCCUUUUGUCCUACUGCAGGUCACAGCUGGUAGGUGGACGCUGGGUAAUGUUAUGUGUAAACUAGUAAGAUACUUUCAACACCUCACACCAGGGGUGCAGAUCUACGUGCUCCUUUCCAUCUGUAUAGACAGGUUCUAUACCAUAGUCUACCCUCUGAGCUUCAAGGUGUCCAGAGAAAAAGCCAAGAAAAUGAUUGCAGCGUCCUGGAUCUUUGAUGCCGCCUUUAUGUCCCCUGUAUUCUUUUUCUACGGCUCCAGCUGGGAUCAUCAUUGUAAUUUUUUCCUCCCUUAUUCUUGGGAUGGGACUGUCUACAGUAUUAUUCACUUUCUGGUGGGUUUUGUGAUUCCAUCCUUCUUCAUCAUCAUCUUCUACCAGAAGGUCAUCAAAUAUAUUUGGAGGAUAGGCAUUGACAGUCGAACAGUGAAGAGGACAAUGAACAUUGUUCCAAGGACAAAAGUGAAAACUAUCAAAAUGUUUCUGAUGUUGAAUCUAAUAUUUUUGCUCUCCUGGCUUCCUUUUCAUGUGGUCCAGCUAUGGCAUCCCCAUGAAAGAGACUAUAGGAAAAGUUCCUUGGUAUUCACAGUGAUCACUUGGAUAUCAUUCAGCUCUUCAGCCUCCAAGCCUACCUUAUAUUCCAUUUAUAAUGCCAACUUCAGGAGAGGGAUGAAGGAGACUUUUUGUAUGUCUUCGAUGAAAUGCUACCGAAGCAAUGCCUAUACUAUCACAACCAGUUCAAGAGUGGCCAAAAAAAAUUAUGUUGGCAUUUCAGACAUCCCUGUCACAGCCAAAACUGUAACCAAAGACUCAAUAUAUGACUCAUUUGACAGGGAAGCCAAGGGAAAAAAGCUUGCUUGGCCCAUUAAUUCAAAUCCACCAAAUACUUUUGUCUAAUUUUUCUCCAUUCUUUUGAUAACUAUUAUGCACCAAAUAGACUAAAAAGCUUUAAAACUUCAGGAAUGGAUGGAUAUUUACUUUUUCGCAUACAAAUUUUAGGGAGAAAUGUUUUAUUUUGUUAAGAUGCAUUGGUUUAAUUGUAACAUAGUAUUUUUUGAUAAUUUUAGUUACUUCCUAGUUUUUUGAAGUUCAUUUACCUUAGAAUUUAUGUUUGACUGUAUUUUAAGGAAAUGAAGUAGAUUGUUUUGGUCAUAGUUCAUUGAUGGUUAAAAAAAACAUAAACCAAGCCAAGGCCAUAUAGUACAUAUGAAUAUACUUUUUAUAAGUGUUGCUUUUUUUUUUCUAUAAAAUUGUUUUGUAAGUCUAGGGCUUCCAUACAUUUGGUUUAGUUUUCACUUUUCUUAGGUUUGACUUCUAUGAGAUAACCCCAGGUUAAUGUUAUUUAUUUGCUUUAUGUAACCAACAUUCUUCCAGACACUCCCAUUUGGAUCCACAGUGGGAAUCAAGGAUAAUUUUGGAGAACAGCAUGUUCCCUUAUGUCAGUGAUCAGUUUUGAUGCUAGAUUCUUUAUCUACUUUACUUUCUAAUUCUUUCUUAUCUAAGGCGAUUGCAGAAACCCCAACAGUUUAGCAAUUGACUUAAUAAUUUCUUCCCAUUUGUUUCUAAUCUGGGUUGCAUUUGGAAUGUUCAUUUCCUUUCUUGGAUUGAAAUAUUAUUGAUGCAAAUUAGCUGAUGCAUGUGCUGUGCCCAGAGAAUGCCAAGGGUGGGAAUGGCAAAUGAUGUUUCCCUUUAUUUGGUAGUUCUUAAUGAGACUGUGUGCUUCCCUUAUCCCCACCCCUCCUCACCGUCCCAACAAUGAUAUGAGACUAAAGAACCCACCUUUCUUCCCAAACACCCUAGGACCCAGAACAGAAAGCAUCUUCCAAGUCACGCCCAUUUCUAUCUCAUCACUUUCAGGUCACAUUGCUAUACAUACUUCAGACCUAGACUACCCUGUGACUUGAGCCCCUAUCUCUGGUAUCUGUCUUCUUCCCAUCCAAUCAACUUACUUUUAGUUAAAAAAUAAAGGGCUCAUACUAAAACCUUGCAUGUUUAUCAAAUAUCCCCACGUUUAGACUGUGGCUUUGGUUUACUCUUUUCCCCUUCCAUUGUCACUGAGCAGUGGUGCCGGCAGUUACUAUGUAAGACCUACUGGCCAUAAGCAAACCACACUCUCCACCACCAGGCUUUAUGGUAGGAAAAUGAUUCCAGCUGCUUCUUGGUGUUAGCUCAGCGCGCGCCCCUCCCCCCACACACACCCCUUCCCAAAGAAAACCUAGUAAACUUUGCCCCUUUUCCUUAUUACUUAUCAGUAGGCAAUUGGGUUGGUGAGAGAACACUUCUCAUUUUCAACUCUAGGAAGUUGCUGCCCCCAUAUCCCUAAAGUUCCCUCACCUUGGAGAUAAGGUAGAACAAGAGAAUAGGAAUCAAGGGAAGGAGGGGAUUGGUAGUGUCAAAAAGAAGCAGCACCAUUUUUUCUGGCAUUUUUUGCAAGCUGCGGGUUCUUGAGCUCACCAGCAAAACUGACCUUAUAAGCUCAAUCACUUGCCUCCAUUAACAAGUUCCAGGGCAGCUAGGUGGCACAGUGGAUAGAGCACCGGGCCUGGAGUCAGGAGUACCAGAGUUCAAAUCCGGCCUCAGACACUUAACACUUACUAGCUGUGUGACCCUGGGCAAGUCACUUAACCCCAAUUGCCUCACUAAAAAACAAAACAAACAAACAAACAAACAAAAACCCAAGUUCCAAAGCUGACAAAGACAGUCUAUGUGCCCAUUCAUUUUUGCUCCCCAAACCCUUCUGGGUUUCUGUGGUUUGUUAUUCCAGACUCUUCUCAGACUAUUGCCUCUCUCAGUCCUAAAGCUGAAUGAAGCAAGCUGUGGUACAUUUGGAUGAAAAUUUGGACAAAUUCCCAAAACUUCAAAGAACAACAUUCAAUCUCCUAUUUGCCUAGCAACAGGCUUGAGUUAAAAACAUGAGCAGCUGGGAGGUGGGUGUUUUUUAUUCAUCUUCAUUGGGUAACUAAGAAAACUAAAUCUUGAUCCCCAAGAUCUCACAUCCAUUUGACCAGUCACAUUCAUGCAAACUAUCAUCCUGUGUUUCUUCUCCAUUUUAUGGUUAGACUCCAGAAAAGAAUUAUCUGUAUUUAUUGCUUCCAUUUCCACACCUACCCACAUCUUAGUCCCAGAGUCUCAGUAUCCACUGCUACAUCAAACGACCUUCUCUCAGUCAUCAUUUUAGCUGACCUCUCGGCCAAGAAGUUUGUUGAACUGUCAGACUCCCUCUCCCCCAGUAUAUUCUUCUCUUCCUUUGGAAUACUUCCUUCUCCCAGUUCUCCUCCUAUCAGUCUGACCACUCCUUCUCAACCUCUUUGGCUAAAUCAUCAUCCACAUGCCACUCCUUGUCCUUCUCUCCUUGCAUAAUCUUCUGGAGCUCUCCUAAGCAAACAUGAUUUUCAUUAUCUCCUAUAUGCAGAGGACUCAAAUGUGUAUUUCCAGCCCCAAAUUCCCACCUGAACUCUACUCCCACUUGCUAACUAACUAUUAGACAUCUCCACUUGGAUGUCCCAUGGGCAUCUUGACUAUAGCACAUCCAAAACAGAACUUACUUUAUCUUUCUCCCUUAAUCUGACAUCCCUUCAAACUUUCCUGUCAAUAGAGGAUACCACCAUCCUUCCAGUCCCACAGAUCCAUAACCUUGGCAUCUUCCCUGACUCCUUCUCCUCCUUAACUCCCUACAUCUAAUCAGUUGCCAAGUCUUUUUCCUCUAUCUGCAUAAUAUUUCUUGUAUUAUUCCCUUUCUUCCAUCAAUAAGACCACUACUCAAGGCCUUCAUCACUUCAGACUAUUGCCAUAGCUUCGGAAUUGGUCUUUCCCCUUUAUGAUCUACUAUCCACAUAACAGCCAAAUUAAUAUUCCAAGACAUAAGUCUGACCUCAUCAUUUCUUUGCUAAAGAACCUUCCAUAACUUUGGCCUCCAAGAUUAGACAAAAAUUCUUGUCUGUCAUUUAAAGUCAUCCACAAUCUGACUCCCCUUUCCAGAUUGAUUUAAUAGUACUCCCCUUCAUGCAUGCUACAUUCCAGAUCUCUGACCUUUGUGCCUUUGUACAGGCUUGUUCCCCAUGCCUGGAAUGUACUCUUUUCUCCUCUCCACCUGGUAGAAUCCCUAGCUUCCUUCAAGGCUCAGCUCAGAUUGAGCUCCUGCAUUGAGGUUUACCUAAUCUCCCUCUCUCCUUCCUACCACAUUUGUGAGUUCUCCCUCCUCAAUUCUCCUUGCACUAAAUUUAUCUGUUUAUAUGUUGAGUUCCCCAGUAGAAUGUAAGCUCCUUGAGGGCAGGGACUGUUUCAUUUUUAUUUUUGUAUCUCCAGUGCCUAGCCAAGUGCCGUGCACACAGUAGGCAUUUAAUAAAUGUUUGUUGAGUUGAAUUGACUGUGCAAAGAGAUAAAGAGUCCACAAAGGGUGUAUGACCUGAAUUAUAUUGGGAUAGAGCCACAAGGAGCCAAUCGGAAGUAAUGUUCCUUGCCCAUCAUGCAUUAGAUGCUCGCAGAUUGCCUUGGGUGUCAUUUACCUUUUUUGUUCCUUCUUUUAAUUAUGUAUAAAAUGAGGAAUUUGGACCAUAACGUUUCUAAAGUCCUUUUCCCCUCUAACAUACUAUUUUUCCAUGUCCCCCAUUUUGGAGAAAGUCACACACCAAGUGAAAUGGUCUUUGAUUUUUCCCUUUCCCAGGUAUCAUGUAGUAAGGAAAUGGGCUAUUCCUGACAGCAAAAUAGCCUCACUUCCAGUACAAGCGCAUGUUUUCUUAUGUCUCCACUGCUUUACUCAUGGUGGCAGGAAAAGGAAAAUGAUGGAUGCCCUGUCCCAAAAUCUUUCCUGAGAAAGAGCAGCUCUAAAUGGGGGUCAUUCCCUAGAGGCAUAACCAAUGACCACAUACAUUUUACAGCCACCCAACUGACACCAGCAGCCUACCCUGUUGCACCUUAGCAAUCCUCAGCUCUUCUGUUGGAAGCAACAUAACUAAGAAUAUUCACCACUCUGACUUGGUUUAAAGGAGAGAGGUAGACAAUUCAAAUUGGAAAGGAUCAACUCCCUCAUUUAAUGGAUGAGCCCAUUGAGACUUGGAGAACUGAAGAGAUUUCCCCAGGCUCACACUAUGAGUUGCAGACAAAGUUGAGACUAGAACUUGGUUGUUCUUUACACUAGGCUGUGUCCCAAGAAGGGAGGCUUUUAGUCCCUUCCUGCCUAUAGAUGUGUCCCUUUUUUUUUUCUUUUCUUAUUUUACUGGUUUCUUUUGAAUGUUAAAAGUC